GAACAUAAAACAUAAAAAGUCAUCGAAAUCGAACUGUCCUUCUGCCGCACAACCAACUUCUGGUCCUGAACCAACAUUAUCAAUAACAUCAAGAAAUUAUCAAAAUCAAAAAGCAGAGAAGCUUCGAUUAUACCAAAUAACAAUGCUACAUGAAUUGGGUAUAAAUAACUAUAGAAAACACUCCAAAUAAUUACAUCCUAGGUUUGUUCGAGGGGACUGGAAACUAAUACGUUUGCUCGAACAAAUUUGCGAUAAUUCAUAUUAGAAGAUGCGAAAUGUGAUUUUUAUUUAGUUGAUAAUCAUCUAAUUAAUAUUGACGAUUUAUUAGAGAUAAUUGUAUGCAUGCCUGAUAUAAAUCAACAGUACAUCGAUCGUUAUCGUCAACGAUAUCGACGACGAUUUGAAAUUGUAAAUGAUCUUGCCAGUGUGGACAAACGGGUUGAAGUUGAAAAAACGCAGACUGUCCAAUUGCCAGAACCACUUUUAAUAUUUGUAUUAGAGCAGCAGCUGAAAAGUGAUAUUUCUGCCAAAGACCGUGGAACGCCUGUCUUAGCGAUACAACUAGAUCAGUACAAAGUAUUAAAAUUAAUAGAAGAAUAUAGAGAAUUCAAUGAAGAUUUGAGAAACACUAAUUUAUUUCCUCUUAAAAACUAUGUCGAACAGUGUGAAGCAAUAACCAGUGCCGAUCCGUACAAUCGAAAAGAAAUACAACUAAAGGAUAAUCUUGAAAUGAUGAAAGACAUUGACCAGUUAGACACCAGUAUUCAUGCUACACUAAUCAAUGAAUACACAGACUAUGUAAAUACAAUACUCCUCUCCACAACUGCGCCAGUACGCGUAGUACGAUUAACGGACAUACUAGAUAUAAUCAGAGAACGUGUGUCGAUGACAAAAUAUCAUAGGCUCAGUUCGCCGCCAUUUAAGGCAGGUGAUCAAAGUUCAGUCGAAAGAUUUAAAUCAAAUUUAUUCACUUAUUUACCUGCAAUUAUUCGUGGGAUACUGAAAAAUAAACCUGUGAACCACAUAUCUGAAUUGCUCACCUUUCCAAAAGAACCAUUAAAAGAGGGUGAAAGACGAAAAUUUCGAUUGUUUCGUUUUGAAAUCAAAGAAGAUGAAUCAGAUAUAGCCCAAUUAGUGCCCGAUACUCCUUGA